CAUGAAAAUCAAACUCUUCCGGUCAAAACUCAAGAGGCCAGACCCUAAUCCAGUAGUAUUUACUAGAACGUUCAGUUUGGAACUUUCCGGCCCGCGUCUUUUUGUCCAGUCGAGAAAAGUUAAGGGUGUUUUGCACGUCGCCGUCGGCGAAGAUGGAAUCCGCGGGACAAUGGCUGGAGAAAGCGCUGAUCGAUUUGUGCCAGAGAGUGGAGUCCGGUUUGGAGUUGGACAGAGAUAUCAUCUCCGGCUUGGUCUCCUAUUGUGAACUAGCCCAGCCUCUCGACGCCAAAGAAUAUCUCGAUAAUAUAGUCGGGCAGGAAGCUGGGAAGAAUGUGAUCGAUGAGUAUUUGCGGCUUAGAGGGUACGUGGAUUCUACUGCCACCACCAGUUCAGUUGCUCCAACUUCAAAGUUUCAUGCCUAUGUGAAGCCAGCAAACGAGAAAGGUGGCCCUGCAAUUGCAGCCAAGAAGCCCUCAACUGUAUCGAACAAUGGUGCUGGAUCUAGUAGCAGUCACCAGGCUGAGACAAAGAAAGCCGAACUGAAAAAGAACGUUACUUCUAAUAACAGUCAAGCAAACAGCAACCAACAGAGUAAUUCCAGGAAGAAGAAAGCUGGGAAGGUGGUAUCACUCGCAGAGGCUGCGAAAGGGUCAAUCGUGUUCCAACAGGGCAAGCCGUGUGCUUGUCAAGCCCGCCAGCAUAAACUGGUGAGCAAUUGUCUGUCUUGUGGCAAGAUUGUCUGUGAGCAAGAAGGAGAAGGACCUUGUAGCUUUUGUGGUGCCCUUGUGCUUAUGGAAGGGAGUUCGUAUGCUGGUCUAGAGGGAAUUUCUGCUCCAGUGAACAAUGCUGAAGCAUCGGCUGAAGCAUAUGCGAAGAGGCUUGUUGACUAUGACCGUAAUGCUGCUGCACGUACCACUGUCAUUGAUGAUCAAAGUGAUUACUAUGAGAUUGAAGGCAAUAGCUGGCUAUCAAAGGAGGAAAAGGAGCUUUUGAUGAAGAGACAAGAGGAGGUAGAAGCAGCAGAGCGUGCCAAGAGAAAUAAAGUGGUUGUGACAUUUGAUUUGGUUGGUCGCAAGGUCAUGGUGAACGAGGAUGAAGUUCCGGAGAUGGAAUCAGGGAGCAGCAUACUAAGACCACCAGAUGGAAAAGAAAGAGAAUUGAACCGGAUUAAACCGAACCCAAACCUUAAAAUACAGCCAAUCUUCUUGGAUCCUGGCCCUAGCAGCAGUAAAAAGCCUACCAAGAAGAACAAGAAACAAAUUAAAGGUGCUGGUCCCGCAGGCAUUUGCUUAGAGAUCACCGGCAGAGUGCAGCACGAAAGCAAAGACGUGAAGCACUUGAUGAUGGACGCACUUGAUGAUGGACAACCAGAUGAUAGAACCCACUCCUCAUGGGAAACAAUGGCAUGCUCCGGCAGUGGGAUCAAGUGCGCCCGUCGAAGAUGAUGGUGCAUGUUCUGUUGGCUAUUACUAGACAUUUGUCGUGUCGCCGUAUUUCAACUACUUUUUUUGUGUUAAGCUAUUUAGCCAGAAGAAAGUAUCAGUGAACAG